CACACACACACGCACGCACACACACACACACACACACACGAGAUAUUUUGCCAUGCCAUGCAGGGGGGCUUGCGAGGAGGAGUGCGCACAUAGCGGCAGUGCACUUGAGGCUACACUAGGGGCGGAGUUUGACCUCCCAAGUCUCCAAACAUCACUAAUCCGCGUCGGACACUCUGGCCACAAACCAUCACUGGCCUCGUUUAUCACUCACACACGGAGGCGGGGAGGGGGGGUAAAGAGAAGGGAUGGGUAGGAGGGAGGGAAUUUUAAGCGAAAUUAAAGUGUCCCGGGCACCAAGCAGAGGGUUGAGACUGCAGCCCUGCGUGUCGGAGGGAUUGCCAAUGGUGCACUAUGACAGAUAGCGCUGCACGUAUCUGCAGCAGGCGCCCGUCGUACUCCUAGCCCCGCGCUGGAUUCACAGGAUUUGGCGCAAAAAAGGAAAAAAAAGGAAAGAAAAAAAGAAAAAUAACCGAUUGGAUUCUUGCACCGGUAUCCCACCUUGGAGGUCCUGCAUUGCCAUUUUGGUUUCAAAGACCCAUCGCCUUUCAAUGUGUAGAGGCGCAUGUAUGAAGAUGCCCUGUGGCUGAGGCAGAGAAUGUUUUCAACCAAGUGCUCGGCAGGAGCGUGGUGAUGAGAUGGAUGGAACCAAAGACCAACCAGCUCCCACAUCCCAGCAUGUCCAACGGCAGCAAGUCCCCCCCGCAGUCGGCAGAAGCUGCAGGCUCUAACUCCAUGGCAUGGGUGAAGAUGUUUAAGAAGCCUGGAGGAGGAGGAGGAGGCCUGAAGAAGUCUUACCAGCCGGGCAGCAUGUUAUCUCUGGCUCUCACCAAAGGCCUCCUGAACGAACCUGGGCAGAAUAGCUGCUUCUUGAACAGUGCUGUACAGGUCCUUUGGCAGCUGGACAUUUUCAGGAGAAGUCUGAGGCACCUCUCAGGGCACUUUUGUCUGGGUGAUUCCUGCAUUUUCUGCGCAUUGAAGAGCAUAUUCUGCCAGUUCCAGCAGAGUCGUGAGCGUGUGUUGCCAUCAGACAGCCUGCGUAAUGCCCUCGCCGAAACCUUCAAAGACGAACAACGCUUCCAACUCGGCCUCAUGGAUGACGCUGCCGAGUGCUUCGAGAAUAUCCUGGAGCGCAUUCAUCUGCACAUCGUCUCAGACACGGCCUCCGACUCUUGCAGCUCCAAAUCCUGCAUCACCCAUCAGAAAUUUGCCAUGAUGCUUUAUGAGCAAUUUGUGUGUCGCUGUUGCGGUGCGUCGUCGGACCCCCACCCUUUCACAGAGUUGGUACACUAUGUUUCAACCACUGCUCUAUGCCAACAGGUGGACCGCACAAUGGCAAAGACCGAGCGUCUCAGGUCAGACAUGUUUGGAGAAUUGCUGCAGGCGGCAAACAACACGGGCGACCUGCGUAGCUGCCCCAGAAAUUGCGGUCAAAGCAUCAAGAUCCGUCGGGUGCUCAUGAACUGUCCGGAGAUUGUCACCAUCGGAUUCGUUUGGGACGCAGAGCAAUCUGAUCUGACGGACGAUGUCAUCCGCUCACUCGGCCCGCGCUUGAAUUUGUGUGGUCUUUUCAACCGUGUCACUGAUGAAAACGCCAAGCGGAGCGAACUCCAUCUCGUGGGAAUGAUUUGUUUCUCCAGCAAACACUAUUCGGCCUUCGCCUAUCACACCAAAUCUUCCAAAUGGAUGUUUUUUGAUGAUGCCACUGUAAAAGAGAUUGGCUCUAAAUGGAAGGAUGUGGCUUCUAAAUGCGUCAGGGGACAUUUUCAGCCACUUCUUCUGUUUUACACUAAUCCCGAGGGGACGCCUGUGUCUAACGAGGAUGCACCAAGACAGACCACCAUGUGUCCUCGAUACAAAGGUCACGUCAAUGGUGAGACGACGGUGAAAAAUCCCCUCAGUCAAAACAGAUUCCAGGAAGCUUUUAUGGAGAAUUUUCAGAGAGUCGGUGAAACUACGAAAAAGGACCGUGUGAACACGAGAAUCGACGCCUCCCAACCCAGAGACAUGACCCACACGAGAUCCUCGUCUCCCCCUGAGAAUGGGCCAAGGGAGCAGAAGUGUAAAAGCUAUGCCCGCAAUGAGAAGUCAGCCAGCCAUUCGGGCAGACCAUGUCGGGAGGCACGUGGGCAGUUCCGACCCACACAAGCCGGAGGGCACGGCAGGAAAAGCCAUCUCUCGCCCAGUCGUUCCGAUCAGGACAGCUCCCAGGAUCAGUGGGAAAAUGGGGGGAGCGCUGGAAGUCGGAACAAGUGCAAGUCCACCUGGAGACCCGUUCGUGAGGUGCUAAACGUCGACACUGUACUCAACGAACUUGAGCAGCGUCGUCAACAGCAACACGACAGCCCUCGACGCGCCAAGACUGAACGGGCCCACGCCGAACAAAGUAGGGAGCGCGAGCGGGAGUAUGCACGGACCACCAGGGAGGAUCGCAAGCAGAAGUGUUUGAUGACCAUUUACGAGGAUGAGCAGCGUCACGAGACGGAGAGUCACAGCUCCGUGGAGUCGGACAGCAGGGUCACCCAGCAGAGGGGUGGCGGCAGGUUGACGGGGGGCGCCAAGACGCUUCUGCGCAGUGACACCUGGACCAUCCAGAGAACCGAGUCGGGGUACGAGAGCAGCGACCGCCUCAGCAGCGGAUCCACCAAUCCUGACUCGCCAGGCGUUGACGGCUUUGUAGUCAAAGAGCAGAGGUCCACAACGGAAACCCAGUUCCAAAGCCAGCUUCACCCAAAGGCAGGCGAUGCAAAAUCCAGCGUAAUGUCCUCACCGUCACACAAUGGUAAACAUCAGGCUAAACCUCAGGGAAAGAACCAUGACCAGGUUUCACAUUCACAUCUUAAGUGCAGUCCAGGUUCAAGGCGCAAAUCUAAGUACACGUCCAGUACUUGCAGAAAACCUUGCGAGCGGGAGUGCGUGGCUGCGGAUAACAGGCAGAGUGAGCAGCAGGAGCUGACAAGCGGUCGAGGCCAUGCGGGGGAGUGCGCGGCCUCGAGGCAUGUCACCAAGACCAGCAGCUCCGAGUGGAACAGCUCAGACGACCUCGCCCUCUCCGAGCCCGAGGACAGAGACUCUUAUCGCUCCAGCGAUGCUGCCGCCUCCGACCCACAGUGUCCUCACGCCCCCCUGGCGUACCGCUACCCCGCCGGCAAUGCCGCCGUUGAGCCUCAGCGCCAGCUCGAAACCUCUGGUUCAGCCUCGCCUCACCUUCGACCCGGCCAGCGACUCUCCCCUCAUCAGAGCGAAACGAGCGACGCCGUGUUCCGCCCCAGGAUGCUCGAAGAACACUUCCAGGCCAGCCCUCGCCACAGGAAGCCGGACAUCUCCGGCUUGCGGACCUUCUCAGACGCCAGUUCGAAGUCGGGCUCAGACCCGGAGAGGAGCACGCCGUCAUCAUGCGAGAGCGACGACAGACUGGCGGCAGGUUACCGAGCGGAGCAGACGCCCCACACUCAGGAGGUUUCUCUCACCACAUACUUCAACGUGGACAAUUGCAUGACAGAAACAUACCGUCUCAAGUACCACAACCAGCGGCCUCUGCUGCUGUCGGCCACCGUGCCGCGAGCCGUGGGCCCGUCUGAGCGCAGGGACGCCUCGCACACCCUCCCUACUGACACGCAAGAUGUGUCGAAAGCCAAACCUGAAUCAAGCAAUACGAGCAAUAAUCCCACCGCGAAAUGGAACCCGGUAACAGCCAAAGGUCUGGAUGAACGAGGCUUUUUAUGAGUCUACUUUUUUUUUUUUUUUUUUUUUUUUUAACAUGCAUCAACUGUGCGGUCAUAUGAGAUUGAAAAUGGAUGCCAAAGAGUUUACAGAGGUUUGAAAUAGACUAUGUGGACAAAAGUGUUGGCACACCAUGUCGAUAACACCUGCGAGGAGUGAAAAUGUGCUGCUAUAAGGCAUCGGAGGGUGUCAGAAUGUUGGACCUGUAUUCAAUUAUUGUCCUAAAUGUUAUUGAUCUCAAAUUCACACUUACCCAAGCAUGCCUUUCUGGUUCUUGCCUUUCCAUAAUAUCGGUUCCCUCCAAACCUAGACUUGUCCAAAAUGUCUUUAAGUAGGGUACACACCAACACGGUCAUCAAAGGCAGGAAACCAACACUUUUCGUUGUUAUGUGCAUUGACUCAAACAUCCAAAACUCUAAAACAUCACUCGAGACGUAAAAAUCGGUAUCGUGUGUGUAACUCAUUUCAGAUGAAUUAUGAUUCAAGAAGAGAACAACAACCCCCGAUUGUUUAAUUCAUCCAUCGUGAGGUGUGUCCAAAUCAUUUUUGUCCAUCUCAGCAUGACAUUUUAUCCUGAGUGGAAUUUAUGGAUGCAAGCUCAUCAUAAGUGUAGCCUUGUUUAAAGAUGAAAGAUGUUAUUUAUUGUUCCACGCACUAUUAACGCUCUCCUUUGCACACACAUGCACUCGUCUUCCACUUUUCCUGUUUCCACAAGUUCUGGACAGUUUUGCACAGAAUCUUUUUUUAGACACGUUAUGCAUAAUUUGAUAUAUAAAAUUUGUGUUAUAAUAGCCCUCAGAAGUGGAUCAGAACACGGCUGGUCCAUUUCAAUACGAACUCGUUAUACAAUUGUCUUUGACACGGCAGCAUGAUGUCAUGUGUUCGCACCGAAGAGGCUUACAUCAUCAGCGCUGAAGGCAGUUACCUUACAUAUUGAAUGAAUACUACACUGCGAAGGCCCCCCCGGCAUGUUCAACGUUAUCAGUUUUUAUGACGACGCCUUCAUACACGAUCAGAAUGGACUGUGAUUUAAGUGUUCAUCUGCAAUUAUCCCAUAAAAAUAGAAAGUUUAACAUUCCGAAAUUUGCCAUUUUAUGAGGGAUACCGCUAUUAACAGGAGGAUAAAAUCUUUUCAAAUAUGACCAUCACUUUUAAAGGAGACUUAAAAUAAGUGAGACAAUGCCUUGUAAGACAGCCUACUAGAACAUCUGAACUUCAUUUGGCGUUAACCAGAGGCACUUGAAAUGAUUUUUUGUUUUUUUUUUUCAAUUGUAUAGGUUCUAGGUCACAUUAUGAUGGGGGCAAAAAAAAGUCUUGAAAUCAUUUAUCUUGGUCUCAUUUUGUUUAAGUUGCAAAAGCUUCGGAACAGGGGUGUAGACCUUUUGUAUUCACUGUAUAUGUACUUUAUGCUCACGUUCAGGCCAAAAUGUUUGGAUAGGUGCAUAUUAUGCUUGAAAAGAAACAUUUUAAGGUGAAGAAAUGGCCGAUUGCUCAGCGGUGACCUGAUAUCAACCCAAUAGGGGAUGUUUUUUUACUUUUACUUGAAGACACAAGUCAAGACAGCAAGAGCCAUAAAUGCAGUCAAAUGCUGCUUACGUUCACAAUGAUAGCACUUUGAGCUCCCAAAAUAAAGCAAAAUGUUACGUUUUUGCGAAUCAUCUGAAAUUAAAGUUGCAUCGACAGUACGCUUACAUUGAUUGUUGUAAUUCUCAUGGUGUAUGAUGGCAAACUCGUAAACACUGGCAAAAUCCUUCUGCAGGUCACAUUGCGACAUACACGUUUAGUACUUCGUCCAAACUGGCGCCACUUAUUGCUUCUUUUAAUGACCUGCCCAGUGUUAAUGAGUGACAGAAGCUCAUGCAAAUGCGUCGAUAAAGAUUUUUAUUUAUUUUAUUUUUUUGUUGCCGUCAGUGAUAUUUGAAGCGAUUAAAAGCAGAUUUAAAGGCCUCCCAAGUGGGGAUAUGUACAAAUAAGUUGCAUGCCAGCCGCCCACAAACGAUUCAACCUAUUUUGUGUUUGACUCUCAAUUGUUCUCCCAAUCCUAACAUAUUAAAUGCUCGUAUUCAUGUUUUCGGUGUGAAGAUGUUUGCUGAAUGAUACCAAUGAAAUUCAGAUGCCAAUCCGACAUCACGCUGGGAUAAAAGUCCCACAAUGUCCCCAAAAUCCCCCCCCCCCCCAACGUGCAUGUGGCCUUUACCAAGUCUUUCUAGCUUGCUUGUUACAGCAGAAGCAUGAGCAUGACAAUAGUCCAAAACAACAUCAACUAUCCAAUAUUUAUUGAAACGUACUAAUCCGAUUGAUGUUUGUAAGUUCAACCGUUUUUAUGGUUUGUUUGUUUGUUUGUUAUUUUUAAAAACUUGAAUGUUCUGAUUCUCUUGUUUAUACGAAUGCAUCUGUUGUAAAUAUGAACGUACGAAGCAAAUAAUAGACUUCGAAAAUGUCCGGAGUUAUACUAUGCAUUAAGUUGAUAAGGUUAUUUUGACAUGUGUAAAGAUUUUGUCAGAUCUGUAGCCUCCCAAAACGUAUGUGAAAAUAAUAUACGUUUGGAUGCAUCAUCACAUACACCUGUACACAUUAUUAUUAUGAUUUCUACUUUAUUUUACUUACUUAGCUUUAUAUAGGACCUUUCAAGGGGACCCAAUAACUCAUGGCCGUAAUUAAAAAAAAAAAAAAUACAAUGCCAGACAAAGUUUUUACAAACGUAAUAACGCUCUGUUUUGAUUAACACAAUAGCUGAAUUAUUCAUUUCAUAAUAUUUUGUUAUUGUGGUUGUUUGCAGUGGUAUUGAACUGUUGACAUUUAAAUUUGUAAACGUUUAAAAAAAUGUUCCAAACAAAAUUACAACCAAAAAUGUUGGCAUCAUUCUAGUUAGUAAGGAGGCGUUUGCAUUCUUGAAACUGCUCGUAAGAUUUGAAUGUCAAGCCUCUCUUGACUAAUCCCCGCCCUCGACCACAGCCACGCCCCUCACGAACAUGCUCAAGCGCAAUUCUCAAGCAUGGCCAUUCAGAAUGCAUGUCCGGCUGCCACAAAAUUGUAGCAGAAGCAAUAUUAAACUAGCAUUAGCACUGUAAAUAAUCUGACUUUAGCCGCGGCUGCUACGUUUGUCAUUCGUAAUAGAGUUUUAAAACAAGACUAUUUGUUAUAGGUGUGAACUUUUAUUUUUUUUUGGAACAUACCAUCAAUUAAAAAUUGAAAAGAUAUUUAAAAAAAAAAAAAAGACCUGUCGUGCAGAAAUGUUGCUCAUUCUGCAUCCUUCUGAAUCCUCUCACUGCCUGAGUUAUUUUUCCUGUGCUCUUGUUUGCUAGUUUUGUGCCUAGUUGUUGGCAAAUGGGGAUGGGCAUGUUCUCAUUUUGGGGGGGGCGGGUGGAUAUUGCGCCAUAGUUUAAGCAAAGCUCCUGAAGGCCAAGGUAAACAGGUCAGCAUGAGGCCAUGGGGGCAUGAAUGUCUUCCCGAAACAACAUAGCUAUUAAUUACAACGCAUGGUAAAAUCCGUCUUGCGCAAGCUUAUAUAGCUCAAAAGUUAAAACAAAAAAUGAAAAUCUCUGAAAAAACCUGAUGUGCUACCA